AUGGGAAAUAUCAUUGAGCUGUCUAACGAUCUGCUGGUGAAGAUUUUGUUACUGAUUCCGACAAAAGAUGUUGUGGCCACGUCUCUUCUGUCCAAGCGAUGGCGUUCUGUUUGGAAACUCGAGUAUGACGAUUCAUACAGUACCACACCUUCACAGUUUAUUGACAAGUUUUUGCAGCUGAACCAUGCUCCACUACUAGAAUCUUUCCACCUCAGGCUCCAGCGAGACUUUUCACCCCAAGAUUACGAAGAAUGGGUUAAUCUUGCGGUUCCUCGCAGUGUGCGUGAUCUAGAGCUUCGUCGUGAUCGUUCCUAUUUAAGUCCCUUACCGUUGCCUACGAGCUUGUACACACAUGAAACCCUUGCGGUUUUACUCCUCAGGCAAGCUCUCAUCGAGGACAUUCCUUCGACAGCCUGUUUCCGUUGCCUCAAGACUUUGUCUCUCAUAGAUGUGAUCUUCUCAAGCGAUGAAACUGUCGCUAGGUUUCUGUCUUGUUGCCCUGUUCUUGAAACACUUGAUGUACAUCGAUGGGUCUGCGUAGAGGUGAAGACUUUCGCGAUUUCUGUGCCGUCGUUGAAGCGCUUGAAGAUCAGUAGCUUAGUAGGAGGUUAUCAAGAUGCAAGGGAUGGUCAUGGUUUUGUGAUCAAUGCUCCUUCUUUAAAGUACAUGGAGAUUGUCGAACAUUUUAGUGGAUUUUGUUCAUUUGUUAAUUAUAUGACUGAGCUGGUGGAAGCAAAAAUCCACCUUAGGCACUGUGAUUCUGAGAAGCUUCUUGGAUAUCUUACCUCAGCUAAAAGCCUUUCCUUAUGUCUAAAACCACAAAUGGAAUAUUCAUACAAUAAAUGCGACUUCGAUCAGCUCGUGUCCCUAGAGCUAUGUGUUAUGUGCUCCUUAGAUUGGUUGAAUGUUUUCCUCAGACAUUCUCCUAAACUCCGAGUUCUCAUAUUGAAAUUAUCAAGAACUUGCAGCUGCAGAAAUUCCAGAAAUGUCCGGACUAAGUGGGAGCGACCGAGUUGUGUUCCUGAAUGUUUGAUGCUGAGUCUCGAAUCUGUUGAGUGGGUUUUGUACAAAGGAGCACAAGAAGAGAAAAAUGUGCUGAUGUAUAUGCUAGAGAAUGGAAACUUCCUAGAGACGAUGAGUAUUAGCUUCUCAGUAUCCAUCGAGUUGGAAGAGAGAAAACGAAUGCAGAUGGAGUUAGAGUCCAUGCCGAGGAGUUCUAGCAAAUGUCAGCUUUCAUUCACCUAAGAGCAACCCCAAUAAGUUUCUCCUCUCAAGUUUUCAAUCUUCUUUCUUCUGUAUUUUUUAUUUUUCAAUUUCAAAGGUUGUACGAAGCUUUACUACAACUUAAUUAUGGGGUGUUUAUUGAGA